CACCUGUUCGAGAGGAACCCGCGGAGCGCGCACCUCCGCCCGGGGCCCCUUUCCUCCCUGGCUCGCACUUUCCUGCCGAGCGCCCUGCUUUCCCUCGCCGAGGCCGGGCUUGCAACUUUCCUCCCAGCCUGGCACUCGCCCCGCUUGGCUGGUCCCCAAAGACGCUGCCUUCCCGCAGCGCCCCCGCCCCCGAGCUUCCCAUCGAGCGGCUGAGCGCCCUCACGCCUCACCCGGGGCCGGGAGAGCGGCGAGUCGAGCGCACGCGCGACCCCCGCCCCUCCCCGCAGGCGGCGCAGCUCCCCCUGCAGCGCCUCCCCUCGCGGGCAGGGAGGCGGAGGGGGCUCCGGACGCCGCGCGGCAGACCUGCUCCGGCUGCGCGCCGCGCCGCUCUCCUCCGAAAGUGGCAGCAGUAGCCGCGGCGGCCGCAGGGGUUCCCGGCUCCCGCAGCUCCUCGAGGGAGGCAGGAGGCGAGCGCGCCUCUCCUGAGCCCCCAGGGCCCCUAACCUGUUCCCCGCGUGCAGCUGCGCCGCCGCCCAGGGCUCGCUGCCCAACAUGGAUUUCCUCCUGGCGCUGGUGCUUGGGUCUUCGCUCUACCUGCAGGCGGCUGCGGAGUUCGACGGGAGGUGGCCCAGGCAAAUAGUGUCAUCAAUUGGCCUGUGUCGUUAUGGUGGGAGGAUUGACUGCUGCUGGGGCUGGGCCCGCCGGUCCUGGGGACAGUGUCAGCCUUUCUACGUCUUAAGGCAGAGAAUAGCCAGAAUAAGGUGCCAGCUCAAAGCUGUAUGCCAGCCACAGUGCAAACAUGGUGAAUGUAUCGGACCUAACAAGUGCAAGUGUCAUCCUGGAUAUGCUGGGAAAACCUGCAAUCAAGACGAACGCUUCUACCCAACUCCUCUUGACCAAGGCCGUGAACAGCCUCUUUUACAACCCCCGGAUCAUCAAGCCACCAGUUUGCCUUCAAGGGACCUGAACGAGUGUGGCCUGAAGCCGCGGCCCUGCAAGCACAGGUGCAUGAACACGUACGGCAGCUACAAGUGCUACUGUCUGAGCGGGUACAUGCUCCUGCCAGACGGGUCCUGCUCGGGUGCCCUGACGUGCUCCAUGGCAAACUGUCAGUAUGGCUGUGAUGUUGUCAAAGGGCAGAUUCGGUGCCAGUGCCCCUCUCCUGGCCUGCAGCUGGCUCCUGAUGGGAGGACCUGUGUGGAUAUUGAUGAAUGUGCCACCGGAAGAGCCUCCUGCCCCAGAUUCAGGCAGUGUGUCAACACUUUUGGGAGUUACAUCUGCAAAUGUCAUAAAGGCUUCGACCUCAUGUACAUUGGAGGCAAAUACCAAUGUCACGAUAUAGACGAAUGCUCCCUUGGUCAGUAUCAGUGCAGCAGCUUUGCCCGAUGUUACAACGUACAUGGGUCCUACAAGUGUAAAUGUAAAGACGGAUACCAGGGUGAUGGACUGAAUUGUGUGUAUAUUCCAAAAGUCAUGAUUGAGCCUUCGGGUCCAAUUCACUUACCAAGGGGAAAUGGUACCAUUUCAAAGGGUGAUGGAGGACACAGUAAUUGGAUUCCUGAUGUCAGAAGUACUAGGUGGCCUCUGAAGACACCAUACGUACCUCCUGUCAUUACCAACAGGCCCACUUCUAAGCCAACAACAAGACCUACACCAGAGCCGAUGCCACAGCCUACCCCACCUCCACCACCACCCACAGAACCCGGAACACCUCCACCAGCAACAACCCCAGAAAGACCAACCACCAGACUGACAACUGUAGCACCAGUUACCACUACCUCUCCAAGGGGGAUUACAGUUGACAACAGAAUACAGACAGAGCCUCAGAAACCCAGAGGAGACGUCUUUAUCCCACGGCAGCCUUCAAAUGACUUGUUUGAAAUAUUUGAAAUUGAAAGAGGAGUCAGUGCAGAUGAUGAAGCAAAGGAUGAUCCAGGUGUUCUGAUACACAGUUGUAAUUUUGACCAUGGGCUUUGUGGAUGGAUCCGGGAAAAAGACAGUGACCUGCACUGGGAACCAGUGAGGGAUCCAGCAGGUGGACAGUAUCUGACAGUCUCGGCAGCCAAGGGCCCCGCGGGGAAAGCCGCGCGCUUGGUGCUCCCUCUCAGCCACCGCCUGCACUCAGGGGACCUGUGCCUGUCGUUCAGGCACAAGGUGGCGGGGCUGCGCUCCGGCACGCUCCAGGUGUUUGUGCGGAAACACGGGGCCCACGGAGCAGCCCUGUGGGGAAGAAAUGGUGGCCAUGGCUGGAGGCAAACGCACAUCACCUUGCGAGGGGCAGACGUCAAGAGCGUCAUCUUCAAAGGUGAAAAAAGGCGUGGUCACACGGGGGAGAUUGGAUUGGAUGAUGUGAGCUUGAAAAAAGGCCAGUGCUCUGAAGAACGCGAGCAACUCCAGAACUAGCCAUGAACCCCCAUGUUGCUCCCUCUUCUUUUUCCAAUCUUCACCACCUGUCCUCUCCUCCCUCUUAUCAGGCCUAGAAGAGUGGGUCAGGAGAAAGUCUGCUUGGUGACCCACGUCUUGCUGGCCUGCUUUUGUGCAAUCCCAAUGAACAGUGACACCUCCCUUGAAAUACAGGGGGUAUCUGUAGAAGCAUCCAAAGCCAUCUUUGGGUGUUACCUUGCAGCCGAUGUCUCUUUUAAGAAGGCCUUCGACAAGUGUGACCUAUAUACCCCCUUCAUCCUAGUUACAAGGUGUUGUUCCUUGCAGCAAAUUAUGGGUGAAGUUUUCAAAAGAAAUCUGUGCAAAUGGCCAUUCUGUUAUCUGUUCAGUGUUGUACCACGAGUAGUACUGACUUCUGCUAAGAUACGUUGUACAAUGUGCUUGUGAAAUUGGUUUCUCCUCUCCACUUACUAGUUGUGGUCUGGCCUGAACUCUGACUUAUACUGCCAUUCAUUUUAUAAACGCAGGGUGUAUAACAUAUCAAGAUGCAUUUAUUCUUGUUAUCUGUAUUUUUCUUUUUAAAGACGAUUAUGUAGAGUGGGCACGUAAUCUCUUGUUAGUAGUAUUGUGUUUUGUGUAAACGUGCUAUUGAUACUAAGUAGUGACGUGUUCCCAAUAUUUACAGACUCUAGUUGCAAGGGAAAGGCAGCUUGUGAUCUCUUGAGUUAAAAAAUGCACGGUGGAAUGUCAUUUAGUUCCAUGACCUUAUAUUGGCAGCCAGAGAAAAUUGGAAGAGGUGUCAGUCUGUGGUAGUGAGGGGAUGAAUUUCUUAAUGGCCUUGAGUUUGAUCACAACAAAGGACAGUGACCAUUCAGGUUGACAGGAAACUGCAGUUAACCCAUAAAACCGUCACAGUUUCAGGCUCCACUUUAAAACCAACAGCUUUUACCAUAACAAUAAUGGCCCUUUCUGGUGAUCUUAAGAAGCUUUAUGAAAGUUCUGGUUGUUUCAGAAAAAAGGUUCUGUUUAUGGAAGCAGGGUGAGGGAAAGCAUGGGGGGAAGCUCUGUUGAAACAUUCUCCCACUCAUUUUUAAAUCAGUUUAAAUUUAGGGGGGCCUAGAUCAUAACUUAUGUGCUGCUGUGUCAGGAUGGGAUGGGAAGCAAGUCCCAUGCUUUGAGGCACUGGAUGUGUUGGAAUGGGAUUCACACACACACUCAAGCAACAGAACAAGAUUGGAAUUCUAUGAUCUGUGAACCCCCAACUCUGUUUCCUCCCUGUAAAUUUUACCUUUAUAUUGAAAAUAUACAUAACUUUUAAAAGGCAACUUAUUCCUGAGGCUUUUCAUUAUUUCUGAUUAAGUAAUCAAAAUAUUUUCUGCUGUUUUUGCCAGGAAUCACAAAGAUGAUUAAAGGGUUGGAAAAAGAGAUCUAUGAUGAAAAAUUAAAGGAACUGGGAUUAUUCAGCGUGGAGAAGAGAAGACUGAGGGGCAAACCAUUGCUGGUUUUCAAGUAUAUGAAGGGUUGGUACAGAGAGGACGGUGACCAGCUGUCCUCCACAUGCACUCAGAACAGAACAAGAGGAAGCAGGCUUAGGCUGGAGUGUGAGGGGCCAUUUCCUGGCGGGGACAGUUGUUAAUUAGAAACCUUUGUUUAAACCAAAAAAGUGUGAAUUUUUUGAGGCUUUUAAAAAAUUAGAUAAGUUUUUUUUUUUUUCUAUUUAAGGUGGUUAAAGAUGUUCUUCCCUCAAGGCAGAGUAACAAUAACAGAAUCUCCCUAAAGAUGUUUUAAUCGUAUUACUAUACAGUGAAAAUCUCCAGAACUAACUAACUUGAACUAGGCUAAGGUCUAAUUUAGGUAUUUUUUUCUUGGCCUCCUAAUGGAAAGGAAUCAAAAAGGGGAAAAAGCCCACCAACUGCUGAGCUCACUAAAUGUCUCUCCCUUUAUGUCAAACCUAGCAGCAUUAAAACGAAACAAAAGCGAAAAAAACAAUUUUUUAAAUCUAUUUAUUCCAAAAGAGAGUCUGAUGGACAGACCUUUUAGUAUCUCAAUCAUGUUCUAAUGUGGUGGUAUAUAUUUCUUUUUUCUUACUAAAGGUAUUGCCCUUUCCCUUGCUUAAUGGAUAUUACAAAUUUUUAAAGAGACCAUAGCAAAGAAAGCAACUUAGAGAGAUUUUAUCUGGUGCAUUCUCUCUGCAAGGUGUGUGACAACCUAACAAGGCUACUGAUAGAGUGCCAUGCCCAACACCACCGCCAGGACCUUUCCUUCACCUGAUGGUAUAAGUUUCUCUUGUCAGUUGGAACCUCCCAAGUUCCACAAAAUGGUAAUGUUUUGGAACAAUCAGUACAGUAGAAUGUCUUUCAUCAUUUAACUUGGUGGAGGCAAGGCCAGAGGGGGACUAUAAAUCAGUAAGCCUUUGAGUCAAAGCCAGAAAAUAUGGCUUUAGAUCCAUUUUUAAUGAUUCAUUUCCUUUUUGGUCACGUAACUAUACAACUGAAGAUGAAAGGGGAGAAUAGAAAAUUUCACUUUUAGGUGCCAAUAAUACAUUGCACUACACUGAUGGAAGAAGUUAUCCAAAGUACUGUAUAACAUCUUGUUUAUUAUUUAAUGUUUUCUAAAGUGAAAAAUGUUUGUGGUUUUCCAGACAGCCAAAUAAAAAUAAUUCUUUGUAAAUAAAAACACUGUUAA